AUGCAAUUCACAGCAACGGCUGAAGUCUUGCAUGUUAUGCUCAAAUCGUUCUUCGUAUUCGCCUCACUGAUAUCAGACUACUUCCUCAAGUUCGAUGAGUGGAUUGUCACCAGGCCUGACUUCAAAGGACACCCUUCGGCAGAGCGUAAGCAAUGGAUUGCCGUUCUGAAGACUUCUCUGUCUUACGCCAUCUUGGAACCGCUGUUCUACUGGCUUAUGACUGCCAUCUCCAGUGCCUCGCCCUGGUGGCUUCUAAUGGGUAGCGUCGUGCAUCUUUCAGCAGCACCAAGCGCUGUCGUACUCAUGGGCGAGUGCAUGCUCGACGUCUUCAAAAAGCACAACGAGAUUUGUGAUGGCCCCAAAGUGCCUCUUGAGGCGAAACAAAGCAAGGCCAAUGAGAAGAGCGAGAAUACGGAGACUGGCUUCCCCGAGGACGAUGUGAAGUCAGAGGAGCAGGCUCCUUCGCCCAAAGUCGACUUGCGCCCAUGCAUGGAUCGACAUCCACUGCCCAGAAUCUACGCCCUCGCUCCACUGUUGCCGGUAGCGUCGGCGGCAAUGGCCAACGCAGGUCUUCUUUUCUACGCACGCUAUCUGAGCACGGAAAACAGUCAGGCGUGGUACGACCGUUUCGCCUUCGGCUGGACUGUCAUUGCUCUACUCUGCGUCGUCAUGUUCACCAUGAGCCGGUACAACAACAAGAUGAUCCACAACGCCUGCGGGCGUCCUCUGCACGUCACCAGCACUGUUCCGUGGGACGUCUUGAAGUAUAGACUUCCUGCACUCGUUCUCAUGGUUCUCGCACGCAGCGUUGUCCGCUUGAUGUUGUCACAAAGUCCGUUCACCUGGUUUGCUUAUUCCAUUGAAGGCGGAAUCCGGCUGCUUGGUUACGUGGACGCAUCGGAUGGGCCCGGUACAUCUCCGGAGAAAAAGAAGCACUUCCUCGACCGCAUGCUUGCAUCCAUCCCUCCGUGGGUGGGCACAGUAAUUUCUAUUCUCAACGCCGUCAGUGUUCUGGGCUAUUAUCUCCAUUCCCGGUGGCAGAGAAGACGACAACAGCAGCGCAAUGAGCAAGACAGCGAAUAG